AUGUUAAGUAUAUCAAGAUAUGGCCGAACAAUCCGAUUUAACUGCUUUUACAUAUUAAUGGUAUUCCCUUGUAUUGCUGUUGUAUCUGCAAUACUGCUUCCAAGUGAAAAAUAUUUGAUUUUUGAUAUAGAUAAAGAAAAAGUACAAUCUAACUCUAAAUGCAUACAUUACACACACGAUUUCUUUGGUCACGACAUUGAUGAUAUGUAUACAUAUGAUUAUCAUAUGAAUUUAUUAUCAUGUAUGUUUUUCAUUGAUCCUGACGAAGCAGAGAAGCCGCAUUACUUAGUAAUAGGCUCAAAAACCAUGCUUGGCAUCGAAAUAUGCAAUUUACUCAAAAAAUCGAACAUAAAUUUUGGAGAAAUCCGAGAUUACACGCAUUUCAACCUCCAAAACUUCUCAAUCAUUCGGUACCUACGGUCAGUUAUGUUCAGUACUAUUAUCAAUCUUGAACACCUACCACCUGAUAGAGAAAAAGAAUUUAUCAAUUAUUGCGAACACAACAAAAUCAAUUACAUUACGGUAUCUCAAAAUCCAAAAAUGGAAGGUAACUACAAAAAUCUUAUAAUAGAUAAGCCAUUAUUUGGGUCUUCACACAAUAUUUUUCAAGAUUUCCCAAACUCAGAAAUUUUAUCGCUUGAACCACCAGAAUUGUAUAAAAUGCAAAAUUUUGACGAAUAUUACAGCGCAAAAGAUAUUGCAAAUGAAAUAAUUAAACAAAUUCAAUAUAAUAACUUUGCAAAAUCAGAAAAGAGCAUUCCCAUAUCAAGUACCAUUUAUAAGAAAGAUAACAUCCUUAAUUACAUUCGAAAUUACAGAACAAUGAAAUCAGUUGACAUAAAUCUUCAAGAAAAAGUCAAAGAAAUGUAUUAUUUUCAUGAAGACACACUUAGUGAUAACAAAGAACCUUAUCUUACCCAUGUAACUACGCUCUCUGAGGACGAAUCAAUCAUGAAACGCUUUAAUUUAACAUGUUAUGCUCUUGAUAGCAUUUUAUCUGAAUUUCCUGAUAUUCCAUUUGAGUUUCUGAUAGUUUAUUGUACUAGAUCUAAUCAAAAAUUGUCAGAUCAAAUAACAAUUCCAAAAAAUUUGAAAAAAUUCAUUAGAGUUAUCGAAGUACCUCUUUCAUAUUGGUAUGACCUAGGAAUUAAGUUCGAAACUGUUGGUUUUCCUGAAUAUCAAAUGAGAAAUAUUGGAAUAAGGCGAGCAAAAGGAACAUACAUCACAUGUGGAAGUGCUGAUGUUAUUCUGCCUUAUGGAUUCUUCGAAGCCAUUAGAAUUCGGGCUUUUACUGAAAUAAGUUACAUAAGAACAACAAGAAUUUCUUCUCCACCGGAUUUGAAUACAAUUUUUGAUCUUUACAGACAAAAUACAGAUGUUAAGCAGCUUUUUGUCCAUCCUGGUGAAGAAUCAAACUUUGAUGUUGAGCUUUUCAUUGAUGCAUGCGGAGAUUUCCAAGGUAUGCAUAGAGAUGCAUGGAAUAUGAUCCAUGGAUACGCUGAAUCUAGAUUUACUUAUAAUAUUGACGCUUUACUUGCCUUUGAUAGAGCUGCCUUGGCUGGGCCAAUCCUUCUACAGCAUUUUUCUGGAGGCAUUCAUAUAGAACAUGACAAAGUUUCGAAUCUUACUCAACACGUUGAUCCUUGGGACGAAGAAUUAAGGAUUGAGCUUGCUAAAGGAAGACUGACUUACAUUUCAAGGUUCCCAAGAAGGUAUUGGGGUGCAGAAAACGUCAACUUUAGUGAUUAUAGACUUUAA